CAGGGACUGGGCUGGGGAGGAGCCUACAACCAAGUACGUGCCCUUGACAGGAAUCGAACCCGGGACCCUUUGGUCGGCAGGCCUACGCUCUAUGCACUGAGCCACGCCGGCCGGUGUCAUUACUGUUUGCACGGUCAUUUCUUCCGGGUGGUGUGGGAGAGACCAUUUCUGGAGGACGGGAGAGGGAGGGGUUAGGACACCCGGCUGCUGUCAAGCAGACCUUGAGGACUCCAUGGUCUGAGCCCAGCUCACCCAGGAAGCAGGUAGGGAGGGUGCCUGAUGAGAAACAGAGUAAGCCUGGUGGUCAGUGAGGAUUGGAUACUGCCGUGUGUUCCGCACCCGGCAACAGAACCCUGCUGGUCAGGACAAUGGGGGUGGAAUGUGGCUGUGGACUGGAGGCUGAGGAGAGGGCUGGGAGUCGUGUGCCAGGCCCUCGUGUGGCUGAGGCCCGUGUGGCCGGUCCCGCAUAGCCAGGAGCCGGCCGGAGGACGCCCAGAGGAGCCGGAGGACACCCAGAGGAGCCGCGUGUGUGUCAACAGCGCUGCCUGACCUGUUAGUCGCCGUUCCUAGACACUCAGUCCCUUGGAGACACAUCCCUGAUCCCCUGGAUACACGGCCAUGGCCAUGUUUAAAAACGCCAAUUGCCAGGCAGCGAGUUUCUCCCUCAACACUCUGGGAUGGAUCUUAUCCAUGACCUGCAUGGGCCUGGCCGAGUGGCGGGUGUGGUACAUGGAGAGCAUCUCUGACCCCUCCCGGGGGCUGGCCUGCAUUGGGAUGUGGAAGGUCUGCACUUACCAGCACAACAGCCUCCCCGGCAGAGUCAUAGCCUGUCACCGCUACAGCUACAGUGACACCUACUUGCCGCUCGAUAUCCGCAUCGCUCAGAACCUGCUGCUGGCCGCCAGCCUCCUCGGGCUCCUGGGGAAAGUGCUCAUGGUCACGGGCCUGCUGAGAGUGUACGCGGGGCAGCUUCAGAAGGACACCACCUGCAAUCUGUUCUUCACUUCCGGAGUCCUGAGCGUCGUAGCGGGUGCAUUUAUCUUCACUGCUGUGAUCUGGAACCACCACUCCGUGAUGAAUGAAGAGGGCAUACACUUCCCGCCAUCCUUCCACAUCCCCUUCAGGCCGGACCGGCAGGAGACGGGCAGCACCGUGCCCGUGGCGGUUCUGGCUGCCUUCCUCAUGCUGUUGAGUGGGCUGCUUACCAUCUCUUUCCAGCUGCCCCCCAACAUCCACGUGUACCCUGAAGUCUCGCAAGUGUGAAAUUCCCGGCUGCAUAGCUGUGCAAAUCCAAGAGAGCCGCUUAUGGGGGUGAAGUGUUAUCAGGAUGCUCUAUGAAAUAGUUCCAAGGCAAAGUUCAUUCUGAGCAGAAAGUGGCCAUUGGCUUCUAUGUCCAAAUUGGGCUCAUUGAUUGGUUAAGGAACUUUCAUUAAAAAAAAUUCCAAAAUA